CGAUCUUCUGACCCUGAAUCCUGACGUCAGUCGACUUCCUGCUCGAACACAAACAUCAUCAGUGAAUGAACUCACCCAUCCAGACGAUGUCCCCACCUCACUCCCACCCCACCACACCUCACCUACCCAUCACCCCCACACCUCCCCCAUCCCUCCUCUAUAUACAGCUGAGGUCGCUCCACUGGAAUCUCCAGAACCUCUGAUCCCCUUAAAGGCCCCAAUGAUCGUCAACCAAUCACCUCUGGCCACAGCUCAUAGUCCUGUCCACACGCCCAGCCAAUCACAGCCAACUUCCAAGCUAAAUAUUUCCCACAAUUCCUCCAGAUCGCCUCACAGGACUGAGACAGAUCUCUCUGAAUCACCGCCAACCUUACUCCACCACAUUACCCACAAUGCCCCUCAAUCUCCAUCAGUGUCUUCCAAAGCCCCUCCUACCCCAAUAUUAAGCCCCUCCCACCCUGACCCCUUCCUGCAGACCUCAGUGACUUUCACCUCCAGUGUCUCCUCCCAGUUAUACUCCCCUCUCUGCUCUUCCUCCACCUCCUUCCUUCACGCCCUCGACCCUCUGGGCCCUCCAAUUGGCCUGUCUCCUCCAUUGUCAUCAGCACACGAUCAACUGACCACGCCCCCACCUGCUUUGAGUCCACCUCCGCCUGAGUUAACUCCCACUCAGCUGCUUGGCUCCGAUGACGAGGAACAAGAAGAUCCGUCAGAUUACUGCAGAGGAGGUUAUUACCCGGUGAAGAUUGGUGACUUGUUUAACGGAAGAUAUCAUGUGGUCAGAAAACUGGGCUGGGGCCAUUUUUCUACUGUGUGGCUCUGCUGGGAUCUACAGAAGAAGCGUUUUGUGGCGUUGAAGGUCGUUAAAAGUGCUUCACAUUACACUGAGACGGCUCUGGAUGAGAUCAAACUGCUCAGAUGUGUGAGGGACUCCGACCCCACUGACCCCUACAGACAAACAAUCGUCCAACUGAUCGAUGACUUCAAGAUUUCUGGAGUCAACGGAGUCCACGUCUGUAUGGUUCUGGAGGUUUUGGGCCAUCAGCUGUUGAAGUGGAUCAUCAAGUCAAACUACAUGGGACUUCCUCUGGUCAGUGUCAAGACCAUCCUGAGACAGGUGCUCCAGGGACUCGACUACCUUCACACCAAGUGUAAGAUCAUCCACACAGACAUCAAACCAGAGAACAUCUUAUUGGACGUUGACGAUGUUUACGUCAGGAGGUUGGCCGCAGAAGCGACCAUCUGGCAGAAAGCUGGAGCCCCGCCCCCCUCAGGAUCAUCAGUUAGCACGGCUCCCAGGGAUCGACAGGUUGGUAAGAUGUCUAAGAACAAGAAGAAGAAGUUGAAGAGGAAGGCGAAGCGUCAAGAGAAGCUGUUGGAGGAGAGACUCAUUGACAUACAGAAGAUGGAUGAGGGUGGAGUUCAUCUACCUGACGACACAGACACUAACUGUUCUCUGGUUGUCAAUGGUAACCACAGCUCCUCCGCAGCCAAUAGUAAAACAAGUCCAGAUUCGACCUGCUCCUGGUUAGAGGACAGUUGUAAUGGCCACGCCCCUGGGCGUUUCUCCAGCCCUGCCUCCGGCCUAUCAAGUUUCUCCAGUUCUGUGAUGUCAGCAACGUCUGAGUCUGCCCUCUCGACUCAGUCAGGAUACUCGAGUGGACGAGAAGUGUUCACGGCAUCAGAUUUCGUCCUCAGUCCUCUGGAUCCUCUAAACGCAGACAAGUUGAAAGUGAAGAUCGCAGAUCUGGGCAAUGCCUGCUGGGUGCACAAACACUUCACAGAGGACAUUCAGACCAGACAGUACAGAGCUCUGGAGGUUCUGAUAGGAGCAGAGUACGGAACAGCUGCCGAUAUCUGGAGCACCGCCUGCAUGGCGUUUGAGUUGGCGACGGGAGAUUAUCUGUUUGAACCUCAUUCGGGAGAAGAUUACACACGAGAUGAAGAUCAUAUUGCUCACAUCAUUGAGCUGCUUGGACCCAUUCCUAUGCCCUUCGCUUUGUCUGGCAGGUACUCCAGAGAGUACUUCAACAGUAGAGGUGAGCUACGUCACAUCUCCAGUCUGAAGCCAUGGGGUCUGUUCGAGGUUCUCUUGGAGAAGUACGAGUGGCCACUGGAUCAGGCGGCUCAGUUCAGUGACUUCCUGUCCAUGAUGUUGGAUCUGCAGCCUGAACGCAGAGCGACAGCGGCGCAGUGUCUUCAGCACACGUGGCUGCAGACAUGAGUGGACUCCCACACACACACACACACGCUGAUUUCAUACAGGCUGAAUUCAGAUAUUUAUUUAUGUUGAUCCUGAUCAAGUCGACUCGUCUGUUGAUUCACAUAAACUCAGUUUUUUUCAAACGACAUCAGUCUGUUUGCAGACGAUACACUACUGUAUUUGUACAACCACAGAAAUCUGAAAAUCUCAGAUUUUUCUUAAAUCAACUAAAUGAUAUUUACCUGAAAAUGAAGAUAUGAAAAUCAUACCUCUGAUUUUAUUUAUAUUUUUAUUAUCAUCAUCAAAUAUCAUGUUUGAGAAGAAGUGAAAAGAACAAGCUCAGCAGUUUGUGUGAACGCGUCGUCUCUGAGCAGUGGUUCUUCUUAUGUACACUGUUUACAGUCUGAACCAUUCAGAACAUUCACUCAUGAUCAGACUCAUUCAUCUUCAGGAGCUGGAAGAUAAAGAGCAAGUCCCUCCUCUGACGGCUUCCACCAAUCACACACCAGAACAGCCUGGACUGUGAUUGGCUCGUGAUGAGAUCCAUGCUCCUCACAACUCUGGAGCGAAAACACCUCGACAUCUAGAUUCAGGCUCAGGUGGCUCCUCCCUGCUGACCUUUGACCCCAAAUUUUAAGUGACAGGAUAUUGAUUGGAUCAAUUAUCAAUUAAUUAAAAACUGAGUCAGAGGAAAAGAAAUGUUUCUGCUGAAUUCUACUAAUUUGUUCAUUUCUGCAUAUUUCUACUUAUUUAUGUUAAAUUCAUCUGAAUUCUGCUCAUUUCUGUCAAAUUCUAGAGUUUUCUAUUAUUUCUGCACAUUUCUGUUUUAUUUCUAAUCAUUUCUACUGAUUUGUUGACGUCUGCUGAUUAACACAGAUUUCUGUUUCUACUGGUUUCUUCAUUUUAAAACUUGUCAUUUGACUGAAUUCUACUGUUUUUCUGCUGAAUUCUGUCACUGUCUGAUUUCUGCUGUCUGACUGCUCCUGUAUGAAACCUGUGAGAAUAUAAUUGAUUAUUGAUAAGGACGUUGGAUCCUCCUCGCUGAGUGUACUGUAGCCGACCCUCUCACUGACUCUGACCACAGUAGUGAUCUCUGUAGCCGAGUCGUCCUCAGAUGACCUCUGACCUCUUCACCUGUUUCUGUUCUGACAAUUAGUGCCUUGGCCCCGCCCCUCCUACCUGUCACAUGACGUGUUUGAAAAGUUUCUUCUGUGAAAAUAAAGUUUCAUCAGAGAUUGUC